GAAAUCCGAACUUGACCAACUCUGUUAAUCGUUCUUCACAUUACUAUCAUUUAAAUUGUUCAUCAGCACCCGCUUUAUCAGAGAAAUGACAGAGUUCGCCGCUAAAUCCGCUCCUAUGGAAGUAGACAACAGCUCGGAAAAGAUUGACAUGUCUUUGGAUGACAUUAUUGAACUGAAUAAAAGGGAAAACAACUCUACAACAUCUGCAGUAAACAAGACAAGAGAACAACAGAAAAGGCAAUGGAAUUCACGCCCUCGCAACCCAACAAUUCAGCCAGGGCAAGGAAUGCAGCAGAAUGUACAAGCAUCCGGUCGACCACAGAGGAAUGCAUCUGGAUUACGAGUUGGUAUCAAUCGUUAUUGGCAAACACAGGCUAGAAGUCCCAGAGUUAGACCAGCUGGAAGAAGACCUCCCACAGCAUCCAAACGACAAAUUGCACCCAUUUGGAAAGGAACUCCAAGGGUCACACCAGGAAGAGCACAGCAGGCCAGGAAGAGCUUCAGACCUAUAAGACAGGGGCCUCCUCAAAUUUUGAAAAGAAGGAUUAUGUUUCAGAGCAGAGUUUCGAACCAGCAGAAGAAACAAACACAGAAUCAACAAAGACAAACCAAACCGAACAUUAAAAGAACGUCUCCUCAAAUGGGUUUGGGAGCUGGACCGAAGAAAAAGUGGACUCGCAUGUGGCAGCAGUGGUCAUCUACCAACUCUAUCCUAACGAUAUCUGUACCCAAUCCGCAGGCCAAGCAACCCCCAGUCCAAAGACUAAGAAGACAACAGCCUUUAAAUGCUAGAAAGCAAAUGCCAAUAAAAGGCAUGAAGAAACAGCCAAAAGGAGUUUACCUUGGAUUCAACUUUAAGAGUAUAGCCAAUCAGACAAGUUUGACUCUGAAUGAUCGAUUUUCCUCCAUGAAGAUCAUUCCCCGUCAUGCAAUAUCAAGAAGAGGCGGCCGAACCGUCACUAUUGGCUAAUAUUCACUUUAGUUCUCAGGAUAAAAUAUAAGAGAUAAAUUUGAUUUAUUGUUGACAAUGCUGUCUGAUAAAUUUUUAAAUACAAACAUACACUAAACAUUUUAUGUGUUCUCAGAGCAAAAUAUUUUCAUUCUACGAGACAAAUGCCCAGUCUAUUUCCAUAAAUUUAAUAUAAUUUUCCCAAGAAAAGUGACCUUUUCUUUUGCUCAAAUGAAGCAAUCUAUUAAAGCAACAUAAGAAGUAAAUCAAGCAGCAUUUUUUUUGCUUAAAAUCAAUUUAAAAGAGCAGCUAAUUUAAAUUAAGAUAAACAAAUUGUACAUUAGAAUUAAAGACGAAGAGUGUGAUUCCAUAACUGUAUCUAUCAGAAUGGUCUGGUGAACUGGGGUUUCUGAGCACUGAAUUGUACCAGAACAUUUGCGAGCCAAGUGAUGCAGAUCUGGUUCAAAUUACAAUUUUAUGGAGACAUUAUAAAUGUCUGUUGCACACCAAUAAGUUAACGAUCUAGAUGUCAAUGACAAGGCUAGCAUUUAAGAUCAUAGAGUAGAGUCAGAGAAUAUUUACAACACAUAAGGAGCUCAUUUGACUCAUUAUGUUUGCUCCUACUGUCCAACAGAGCGACUUACCAGUUCUACCAAAGGCACUUCUCCGUAGCCACGUAAAUCUUUGCUUAACAUGUUUUUAAGGCCACAGUGUAGCCUGCCUACAUUUCAAACCCAAAGAACAUACGGCGUAAAAUAGUUUCCCCCAUGUUGCUAUUAAUUUACUGCCCCUUUAUUUUAUUCCUGUGAUCCCAAGUCCUUGACUCCACACCAAUGGCAACAGCCUGCUGCUAUUCACUCUGUCCAGGCCCUUCAUCGUAACCUCGAAAGGAAAUAACCCCGGACUUUAAUUAUUCUUGUAAAUGUAGUUACUUGUCAAAACAAUCUUACCAUAAAUCUUUUCUAGACACUUACUGCCUUCCGAUAAGUAUAAUAAUUAUGUGGCCAGAAAUGGACACAGUACUGUACUCCAGUAUAUAUAUUUUUCUCUGUAAUUAGCCCUACUCUUCCAUGCUAUGUGUAGUAGCCCACUGUGUGCUAAUGGUAAAGAGAAUGGAUGAUCCAUUGGACUGCUUUGGUAUUAAGUUUCCUUGAGAAUUGCUGGAGCUCUGUCAUCCAGACAAGGGGAGAGUAUUCCAUCUUUCUCCUGACUUGUCUCCUAUAGCUGUUUGAAAGGUCAUCAGGCAGCAGGAAGCGAGUCACACACCUAAAAAUACCUGGCCCCUGACUUGUUUUUGGACACCUCAUGUCUAUUCCCAGUUUUCCCAGAUUGAUCUCUUAAUCUGCCAGUUCAUUCUACCAUCCUCCCCUUUGCACAUUGCUGCUCACCACCAUCAGCUGAGCCUUGCUCGUCUGCUGAUUCGGCACAGCACAAGCUCUAUCAUUAGCACCCAAAGUGGUUCCUCAUGUCUCACUGCUCUGCCCAUCCUGUAUACUCAAAGUAUUGCAUAAGAAUUUCUGAGCAACUUUAUUUGCAGUGUUAAUUAAAAAAGAUCUUUUUUUCAAUGAAAUGGUUGGAGUUAAAGCCAUUUACUGAGAUGGAGAAUUAUAAAUCAGGUUGACCUAAAAUUCUUUACCUCAGCAAGUAGCCUUAAUUGUAAAAUCAAGUUUUAUGUUACUUUGACUGUGAAUUUCUUUCAUUCAUGCCAGAGUUUAAUUAUAAUUAUAUCCUGGUAAAAUACCUGACAUUUUCUUCAAGAUUAAAUUUAAUGACUAUUUUGUUUAAUGCAACAGAAGGAGACAUUAUUUAAUAAAGUGUCUAUUUUAUUUAAUAGAACAAUAUAUUGAUUGCACAGCCAGAUAAUUGUAAUGUGAUGGCAAUGUAA